AAACUGAUCGAGUCAACGACGACGUUUGAUACGUGUCAUUUUGCUUCAAAAACAUCCAAGCUCUGGGCAGACACCCAACUCCAGAGCAAAGACUUGAAGAAGGUUGAAGAAGCUUCCAAAUUAGACCAUUUUCUUUUCAUCACAAUUCAACCGAAACCUAACUUAUGCUCUAGCCUCUAGUUAUACUUUUCUUCUUCUUCUUCUUCAGUAAAAUCUGGAAUGUCCAAAGUAUCUACUCACUGGUGACUGAAAAUUGGCUGUAGUGUAAGUCUUUGAUACAGCCUUUCUUGUCAUGCUUGCUUGUUUGCCCAUGUGAACAUCAUGGCUCGUUCUUCCAUCAGCAUGUAUGUGAGAAACAUGGUCCUUCCCAGUGGGAGUGUCCACAGUCAGAUAAGCAACAGUUAUUGCAGUGUCACCUUGCGUGCACCAUCGAAUUUGUGCUUUUUGCACGUCUCUACAAAGCAUCCAAAACUAAAAUUAUCAGCAAUCAUGCCUCUACGAAGGACAAGCUCAUAUUCGUCUCCUGUUGGAUUCCAAGCCUCCCAAAGAAGCUGUUUUGGGUCUUGCAUCUCCAAGCCGCUGAGCAAAGGCCAUUCCUUAACAGUUAGAAGCAGGCAUGACCAUGGAUCUUUGGUGAAAUCAUGCCUUGAAAUUUCACUCAGGUCCCCAAAAUUGAAUGUGCGGCUUUUGGCUCCUAGUCGAACCAGAAUCCAGUGGUCACAGCGCUUAGCAUCUGCAGGGCUAUUCAUUGGAUUGGUUUGUUGUUCGAGUUCUGAACCUGUUCAUGCAGAUGCACCUGAGGCUAAGCAGCACCAGGAAGCAUCUUAUUCUCACGGGAAAAUAGUCUGUAAUGACUAUUCUGUAAUUGGCAUUCCUGGAGAUGGGAGAUGCUUGUUUCGUUCUGUUGUCCAUGGGGCUUGUUUAAGAGCAGGAAAGCCUGCUCCAGAUGAGAAAUGUCAGAGGGAACUAGCAGACGAGUUACGAGCCGGAGUGGCGGAUGAGUUUGUCAAGAGACGCAAGGAGACAGAAUGGUUCAUAGAAGGUGAUUUUGACACCUAUGUUUCAAAUAUGAGGAAACCUCAUGUAUGGGGGGGUGAACCAGAAUUGUUGAUGGCUGCUCAUGUUCUGCAGAUGCCAAUCACGGUCUACAUGCGUGACCAAGACUCUGGUGGUUUGAUAUCCAUUGCUGAGUAUGGGCAAGAAUAUGGGAAGGAUGAUCCCAUUAAAGUUCUGUAUCAUGGCUUUGGUCAUUAUGAUGCUUUGCAUAUUCCUAGGAAGACUGGUGCAAGAUCUAGACUUUAAACUCUUCUUCUAAAUGCUACUAAUUAAAUUAGAUUUGGUUCAUGGUCGAUUGCACUUCCUUUUCUUCACGCCAUAAAAUUGGAUGGUUUUUUAGAGCAGGUUUUUCCCAUAUUGUCAUUCUAACUGUUGCUAGAAAUGAAUGAGUUCAGCCUGUCAUGAUCUGUACCAUAUUCUUUGUGACCAUAUAAAGCUUUUUGCCAUUGGUGCUUUCAUUUGGAAUUUUUCUGGUUAAA